AUGUCACUUUUGACCACGCCUUUAUUAGAAAAAAGACAAAAUUUUCUUACUCCUCAGCGUGCAUCUACAAUGCCAUUUCUUUUUCGACAAAAGGCUUUCCUUAUCAAAGACCCUAAACCUGAAAUCCACCCUAUUUUUACUCUAAAAGGCGUUCUUCUUUCUCUUCCAGACUAUAAUACACCAAUAAUUCUCAAUGAUAGCAUUAGAUGCGCUACCUCAAAUUCUAGACUUUUAUUCUUAGGGAGAGAAGAUGGAAAAAUAAAAGCUUAUAACAUAGAUAAUAAAUGAGAAUUUUUGCUUGAAGGACACCAAAAUCGAGUCAAUUGCAUGCAGCUUACAAGCGACAAUCAAUGUCUCGUAACAGGCUCAGAUGACUAUACUGUUAAGAUAUGAAAUUUGGCUAACCAAAGUCUGAUAGUAACUUUAAAUGGGCAUUCAGGAGAAGUUUUAUGUGUUAAGAUAACAGAUGAUAGAAAAUUUAUUAUUUCAAGCUCCUUUGACAGAACUAUCAGGAUAUGAAAAUUUGGUGACUGGAAAAAUGAAAUUAUUUUAAGAGGGCAUUUGGUCAAAUCUGGCUUGGUCUACCUAGCUCUACCUAACAGUCCUCUCUAAAUUAUCAUUCUUUGGGCAUGAUGCUGUCAAAAUCAUAUCAUUUUUAUUAAAUCAUAGCACAAUUUAUUAAAUUACUAUUUCAAAAAUCUAAUUUAUUUCGGUAGAGCCAGACUGUCAGCUAGAACAAGUAGAGCCAGGCUGCCAAAUUGCCAAGGUAAAGCCAGAUAGCAAGACUGCCAGAUAGAGCCAGUAGAGCUGGACUCCAGACUAAAAAAAACUGCCAAAUAGAGUCAGACUGCUAGACUGCCAAGUAAAACGGACUAUAAAAUGGCCCAACUUCCAGAUAGAGUCAGAAUGCCAGCAGAGUUAGGCAGACUCAGUCAGGUUUGGCCAGGCAUUUGAAUGCGGUUAACUGUUUAGAACUAAUGAAAGACACCUCAAAUAUUGUUUCAGGGUCUUGAGAUGGGACUUUAAAGGUUUGGAGUAUCAAAAGUAAAUCUCUCAUUGCAACUCUUUCAGGACAUACAGAUUAUAUAAAUUGCGUAAAAAUCACGGAAGAUUCUAAAACAAUUGUUUCAGGCUCAUAUGAUUGCACGAUCCGUCUAUGAAGUACUGAAAACUGAAAAGAAUUUUCUAUCCUAGAAGGCCACACUCAUGGAGUUUUGCGCAUUUGUCUAACCCAGGACAAUAAAUUUAUUAUUUCCAGCUCUGAUGAUUGCACAGUAAGAAUUUGAGACAUAAAGACCGAGAAAGAAAUCUCUAUUUUGCAGGGUCAUUCUAAUAGCGUUCAUUGUUUGAGUCUUAGCAUUGAUGAAAAAUAUAUUAUAACUGGGUCAUGAGACAAUUCUAUUGCGAUUUGAAGUUUGACAGAGCAUAAACUUUUGUCAAUUUUCAGAGGACAUUCCGACAGUAUCACCUGCCUGCUUGUUGAUGACCACUACAUUGUAUCUGGCUCAAGAGAUGGAACUACACAAAUCUUGUUAGUUGAGGAGAGGCAUCACAUUUCAGUUUUAGAAGGUCACCGCGAGCCAGUUAUCUGCUUCAGCAUUUUUGAAGGGAAUAGAUAUAUAGUUUCAGGGUCGUGAGAUAAUACCUUGAAAAUAUGGGACAUUAUUGAUGGGGAGGAGAUUCACACACUGGAAGGCCAUUUAAGAGAAGUCACCUGUGUUGAGCUUACCAAAGAUGGAAAAUAUAUCGUCUCUGGUUCCUUAGACAAAACGAUAAGGGUAUGGAAUACCUCAGACUAUAAACUUGUAGCUCUAUUAGAAGGACAUACCCAUUGGAUUGAGUGCUUAAAAAUUACUAAUGACAGCAGCCUUAUUGUCUCUGGGUCUGACGACUAUUCAGUGAGGGUAUGGAGCAUCGACACCAAAUCUCAAGUUUCUAUAUUAAAAGGUCACAGCGACAUCGUAAACUGCCUAGAAAUAAUUGAUGAAAAACGAAUCAUAGUUUCAGCUUCUGCUGACAAGACGAUCAUUUUAUGGAGUUUGAAAGAUUUUUGUGAAAUUUAUACUCUAACUGGCCAUACCCAAUCUAUUGGAGCAAUUCAAAUCAGUCACAAAGGGGAAUUUAUUGUUUCUGGCUCAAGAGACAACUCAGUCAGAAUUUGAAGCGUCGAGGAUUUCUUAGAAAUUGCAGAAUUGGACGGUCAUAGUGAUAGUGUUAAUUGUGUGAGAAUUAGUAGUAAUGAUGAAUUUUUAGCUUCAGGAUCUUAUGAUUGCACACUCAGACUGUGAAGUUUAAAAGAAAAGAAAGAAAUUGCAGUCCUUGAAGGACAUACAAAAAGCGUUACUUGCUUGGAGAUUGCUCAUGACAGCAAGUACAUCUUAUCUGGUUCUCAUGACAAAACUAUCCGGCUCUGAAGUGUAGCGGAAAGAAAUCUUGUUGCGAUCCUGGAAGGGCACUCAAACAAGAUUAAUUGCCUGCAGUUGACGACAAAUAGCAAAUAUUGUAAUUGCCCGAGGAUGGCGCUAUCUCUUGAGCCAUCCUCGGCAAUUGAAAAAAUGGCCCCACACCGGGAAUUGAACCCACAUGUGGGGCCAUUUUUGGUUCGUGGAAGUCGAUGCUCUCCACAUACCAAAAAUAGCCCCACACGUGGGUUCAAUUCCCGGUGUGGGGCCAUUUUUGAAUUGCCCGAGGAUGGCGCAAAUAAUGCCAUUCUCGGGCAAUUACUAUACGCGAUUUCAGGCUCUCGAGAUAGAAAUUUGCGCGUAUACGAUAUUUCUCAAUUUACACCUUCAAUUUAUGAGUAUCAAGAACUGCUACUUUCUGGAUCUCACGAUCCCUUUUCACACUUUUACUUUGUGCAAUCUCUUUUAGAUAGCAAUCCUAAGAAUAUCAGCCAGCUGUCUUUAGUCACUAUUUUCCCUCUCCGCAUCAAUAUUCUUCAUUAUUAUUGCUUCUUUGACCAAAUUGAUAACUUGAAGCUUGCCUUAAAAAUCAACACUCCAAUAUUUAGAGACAAUAACAACAAGAGCCCCUUGUCUUACGCUAUAAUAAAAAAAUCUCGAAGGUGCAUUGAUGAAAUCCUCAAAUAUAUCUCAGAGAUUUCAGAUCAAAAAUUAUUAAGCGAGUGCAUCCACUCUAUAAGAGACGAUAUACCUAGUAUGCUGAAAUUAGAAUCCCCUUAUAUUCUGCCGUUUUUCAAAGCAAUUUUUAAGCCAGGAGGAAAAGAUUUAGUUGAGUUUGCAGUCCCUAACGCUGUGCUGCCUAUCAUUUAUUUAUCACCUGUUCUUCGGCUUUAUAAAAAUGAGUUCAUCAAUGAAGACUGAGAAUCUGGAAGAGAGCUCAGCUUGGUGCAGUUUUGAGUGAGUCCGCUCAGUUGGAAUCUCACAAUGGGGUCGAACGAAAGCUUAAAGCUUUUAAAGGCAAUCAAUGAGUGUCCUAGUUUGGAAAUUUUCCAAGCUCCUUGGAUUCAAUCGAUCAUAAAAAUGAAAUGAGACAAGUUAUGAUUUGCCAUUUUGGGCAACUCUUGCUUGUAUUGGAUGAAUCUGCUAUUAAUUAUUCUUUACUUAUUUUAUCCUUACUAUAUCAUACCAUUUCUAUUUAUUGUGGUCAAUGAGCUGCUCUUGCUUUAUGAGGUCUUUCAGAUGUACUCAAAUUGAAGUGACUAUAUUUAUGAUGUGUGAAAUUAUAUUGACAUUUUUAGGCUAGCAUUAUGCUUUGCUUGGGGAGCUGUGGACUUUUGAGAUGUGAAUUUCGUGCCUUUAACGUUCUUGGCAGUUUUGGUGAAUUUUUUCAGAGGGCUUGUAUAUUUCAGAGUCUUCAAUAUGACACGAUAUUAUGUGAGACUUAUUUUUAUUGCUGGAAAGGAGUCAAUUGCAUUUUUAAUCAUUUUCUUAUACUCCACACUAGCCUUUGGGGUGGUUUAUGCUGCGACAGACCCUGAAAUGAGCUUAUCUGACGUCUGGAGCCAAUCAUAUGAGCUUAACAUGGGGAACUUCGAUAACUCUGGCUUUUCCUUUUUCCAGUACUCCUGCUUUACUUUUGCAUCUCUCAUAAACGUCGUUUUAAUGCUGAAUUUGCUUAUAUCCACUUUGGGAGAGUCCUUCCAAAAAUUCAAAGCAAUUGCUAUGGAGCUAGAUGCUAAAGAGAUGCUCCAAGACGUCAUAGAAUUCGAAUCAAUGAUGUUCUGGAAACGAAAUGAAGGAGAAAGGAUGUACAUGCAAAAAUGUGACCAUUUUCAAAACAUCAGUGCAGAAAGUAAGCUAGGGUCGCUUUCCAACAAAAUUGACAAGCUAAAGCACAUAGUAAAGCAGAAUGAGAAACUGCUCAGAGAGAGGUUCGGAUUAGAAGAAAGCAAGAUUUUGAAGACAAAGCUUGAAAGCAAAGUAAAUGAGAUGAAGCAGUCAAUUGCUGAACUCGAUAAAAAGAACGAAAAAACAUUGAGAGAGAUUGGACUUGAUAUCAAAGACAUUCAAUUUGGCUUGGAAGAGAAAGCAAGCCAGUAUAAAGAAAGGGAAGGAGAUGAAAGAAUAAGCAGCCUAGAGAGAAGGAUUGAGAAAAUUGAAGAAAAAAUUGACAAAUUUGAUGGGACAAAGGUUGACAAAAUUUUGAAAAUUUUGGAAGAAAUGACUAAAAGAAGCAGGUAA